AUGAAGUUCGAAGCGGAAAAAUUAACUUUUCAAAUGGAAUCACCAGGGCAGAAAAAGUUUUUAAAAUUCUCUCCUUGUGUUGGAUGGUUACCAGCCCGACUUAAUUCUUCAUUUAAAUCUGAAGAAGAAGAUAUUAGUCCAAGGAGUGUCACAGAAUAUCCUAUAAUAAUUCAUCAGAUGAAGCGCAUUCCAAAAAGUGAAAACAAAUCAAAAUCUCGCAAACGUUUAAAAAUAUUUUGUACAGAUGAUGAAGAAGAUUGCGCAACAUUAAAAUCAUCAAAAGAAAAAUAUUUGUUCUCGUCAAACAAAAAACAUAAACAUGACACUACAAACAACUCGAGAGACUCGGAGCAAUCAGAACAAAUAAUUCUAACACAUGCAGGAGACAUCGUUUCAGAGGAAAGUAUUUCAAUCAAUACAGAGUCGAUCAAUUUGAUGCCAGCACUAACUAAUGGAGAAAAAUCAAGUUCGCCUAAUGGUGAAAAACUGAUCUCGCCAGAAACAAACAAGAAGCCAUCCGACCGAAGAACUAGAAGAGUUUAUAACGACCAUGAAACAGAAAUACUUGAAAACGCUUUUCAAAAUUCCAAUGGAUAUCCAGGAAAGUCGGUUAUUCUACACAUCUGCAAGAUUCUGGAUGUAGAUGAAGAAAGGAUCAGAAAUUGGUUUCAGAACAGACGAGCUAAGUGUAAGAAACCCGCAAAAGCAGCUCCAAAAUCUCCAUUCAAAUUGGUACCUAUUGCACCGGCAUCUAUUGGAAUAAUGAACAACGUUAAUUUUAUUCAGAAUCCUUAUCUCCUCCAGAUGCCAAGUUUCAAGAAUGAACCUACAGAUUUCAAUUAUGCUCCGUGGAUCUCCUAA